AUGGUGCGUUCGUACGAGCGGCACGAGCCGACGCUGGCGUUUGGCCUAGUCAGCUCCAAUGCUGCUAACUGUGUGUUGGGUGAGGAUGGAAGGUCUGCGUAUGUUCCGGCGCUUGAGGACGUGCUUGUGUGGGAUAUGAAGCUGGGCCAGCAGCGCGGCGCGUGGCACGAAAUUGGCUCUCGCGUUGCAGUAACGGCCAUUGCUCGUGCGCCGCACCCCAAUGCGUCGCGCUUUGCGGUGGGGUACGCGGAUGGAUCGAUUCGUCUUUGGGAUGCAGAGACGGGUGCGGCGCUGCUCACGUUUAACGGGCACCAACGCGCCGUCACAGCGCUCGCAUUCGACCGAGCGGGCCUGCAAUUGGCGAGUGGAAGCUUGGAUACGUCGGUGAUUGUCUGGGAUACGGUUGCAGAAACGGGCCUGUUUCGCUUAAAGAGCCAUCAUGGCGCAAUCACCGCGCUCGCAUUCUUGAACGACACCGAGCACGUCGCGCCCGCCACGUACCUUGUUUCGACUGCAAAAGACGGGCUCAUGAAGCUCUGGGAUCUGCGCCUUCAGCACAACAUCCAGACUGUGGUGUCUGGAGAAGAGCAGCUUUUCAGCGUUGCUGUAUCGCAGGCGCACGAGCCCAUGGACGGCGUCGAAGGCGGCGCACUGGUCGUCACAGGCGGCACAAACGGAGCGCUGCGCGUGUGGGAAGCGUCGGGUGCUGCACUGCGCGAAGGGCUUCGUGUCAAGGAUGCUGUAGAUGCGCACAUGCCGCAGUUUAUCACGCCGCAUGGCACGCUUGAAAUGCCUGGGGCCCACCGAGUCCAGCAGCUGGCCUUUAGCGCCUCGACAAACGACACAUUCCUCGCCGCGUCGAGCGGCGAUAGGAGCGUGCAAGUAUUUCGUGUACGUACUCUGGACGAGGCACGCAAGAAACAGCAGCGCAGGACAAGGCGCGCCAUGGAAAAGGCAGAGCGCACCGGCGGAGCGCCUGUUGAAGUCGCCUUGACAUGGUCGCUUCGGUUCGAGCCCUACGUACUAAUUCGGCCUUCGAUCGGGCGCGUGCGAAGCUUUUCCUUCCCUACGGGCGCCGCGCCAGGGUCUGGCGAUGCAUUCGGGCCGAUGCCGCUUCUGUGUGCACUCACCACCAACAGCGCUGAAAUUCACACCGUACCGGCCAUCCCACGGACCAAGCAAGAGAAGAAACAGCUCGAGUCGCAGAUUGCGAAUGCACUAGAACUUCCAGGACACCGUGCCGAUGUCCGUGCGGUCGCGCUUUCCUACGACGAUAGUCUCUUGGCAUCCGUGUGUGGGAGCGGCCAGCUCAAGAUCUGGAACGCACGUACGGGGCGCUGUAUUCGCACCCUUCCUGUCUCUGCCUACGCAUUGAGUGUGGCGUGGCUGCCAGGCGACCGCUACGUGCUGGUGGGGUGCAAAGACGGCUCUUUGCACAGCUUUGACAUACCUGCCGGCAUGCCGGUCGAGACGAUCGAAGCGCACCAAGGGCCGAUUUGGAGCUGCAUUGUACACCCCAACGGCCAAAGUGCAGUGACAUGCAGCGCAGACAAAGACGUCAAGUUCUGGGAGUUUGAAAUGGCACAGCCAGAGGAGGCGAGUGCGCCACAGCUAUCCCUUGUGCAUGUGCGCACGCUCAAAGUCGCCGACGACGUGCUUUGCGCGCGUUUUUCUCCGGAUGGACGCUUGCUAGCCAUUUCACUCCUGGACAAUACAGUCAAGGUAUUUUAUGCAGACACGCUCAAAUUCUUCUUGAGCCUCUACGGACACAAACUCCCUGUCCUCUCGCUGGACAUUUCGGGCGAUGGAAAACUCUGUGUGACUUGCUCUGCGGACAAGAAUGUGAAAAUUUGGGGGCUCGAUUUUGGCGACUGCCACCGCAGUAUUUUCGCGCACGACGAGAGUAUUAUGGGCGUUGCAUUCGAGCAUGGCGAGCAAGGCGGUGGCUUGAUGGGCGGGCGCGAAGGCGCGAGUCAUCGAUUUUGGACAGUGGCCAAAGACGGCCUUGUAAAGUAUUGGGAUGCGGAUCGCUUUGUCGGCAUCCAGACGCUCGAGGGCCACCACGGCGAGAUUUGGGCGCUGGCGACCAGUCACAAUGGCCGAUUUCUCGCCACAGCGGGCUCCGAUCGCAGUAUCCGCGUGUGGGAAAAGACGGACGAGCCAUUGUUUUUGGAGGAAGAGCGCGAAAAAGAGCUGGAGAAGUUGUACGAAAGCGCCGCGCCGCAGUCCGACGAGCUUGCCAUUGGAGCACUCGCGGAAGGCGCAGAAGACGAGCAGCCCAAGGGUGCAGAAGCAACCGCCGUGUCCAAGGCAUCCACCGAAUCGCUCAUGGCCGGCGAGCGUUUGCUCGAGGCGCUCGCCAUCGCCGACGAGGACGUGCAAAAGCGAGCCGCGGCAACACGCGCGGGACAAGCCGAGAGUGUCGUGUCUAUCAACCCCGUCAUUCAAGCCGUGUUUGGUGAGAACAGUAUGGAAGAGGUCGAUGCGUACAAGUACGUGCUCAAGGUUGUCGAAAGGAUUCCCGCGACACACGUGGAAGAUGCACUCCUCGUACUUCCAUUCGACCGCGUCAUCACUCUGCUCACGUUCCUUGACGUGUGGGUUACCAAGGAAUGGAAUGUGUCGCUUGCCGCGCGCAUCCUCUUCUUUCUGCUGCGCACGCACCACACACAAAUUGUGUCGCACCGUGUGAUGCGCACAACAUUGAUGCGCUUGCGCACACAUUUGCGUGAUGUGCUUGCAAAACAAAAAACCAUGCUGGGAUUCAAUCUUGCAGCGAUGCGAUACCUCAAGCAGCAGCAACUCGAGCGACGCACGACCGAGCUGCUGGAGCGGCCCGAUACCAACCUGGAAGACAUAGACGAGCAGACGAUCCGUGCGCAGAUCGAGAGCAAGGCGCAGCGCAAGCGCAAGUUACAGGUCCGGUAG